AUGGCGCGCCAAGCGGAAGCCAACUCCUCGCUCCCCUUCACAUACAUCCAAGGCGACGAUCCGCCAGCCGACCCGGCCACCAAGGGAUACUUCAUCAAUCACGUCGGCCUCAUUGUCUCGGACGUCAACCGCACGCGCAAAUGGUACUCGGACGUGCUCGGCAUGCGACACAUCUUCACCUUUGAGGUCUCGCCGGAAUACACGAUCAUGUAUAUGGCGCACAGCCAGGGCGGCAGGAACGGCACCGGCUACCAGACGGGUGCAGAGAUGGCGCGGGAUAAGAAUAACAUGGCGGGCAUGGUAGAGUUUGUGCAGUAUUCUGGUUCUUCAAACCGCAGCUACGACGCUGGUUCCCCACGAAUCACACUCUCACACUUGGGGCUCAUCGUCGACGACAUCCCGGCUGCGCAAUCCCGUUUCGACUCCCUGGGUGUCCGCUUCAUCAAGCGGGCCGGCGAGGCCGAUCUCUCGGGCGACACGGAAGAGAGCCGGAUUCUCGGCGGUGCGUGGGGGUUUCCGGGGAUCCAGAGCGAAAAGGUGCAGGAGGAUAUCGCGAGGGGGAUGCCGGGGCUAGAGGCUAUCGGCUUUAGGGAGUUUAUGGUGGUGGCGGACCCGGACGGCAAUUUGAUCGAGGUGCAGGCGCUUGUUCCUACGGGGAUAUGA